AUGGCACAAAAAAGAAAAAAUGAUAAAAUAGAAACAUCAAAAAAAGAGGAAAUUGAUCCAAGAUUUGUAAAUAAAUUCGAAGAUUUAGAAGAAAAUGAUUUUAAAGACGAUGACGAAGAUGAUUUUAUUAAUGAUGUAAAUGAAGGUGAAGAAGAAGAAGAAGAAGAAGAUAAUGAAGACAAUAUAGAAUUUAAUCAAGAAGAAGAUGAUGAAGAUGAGGAUGAUGAAGAAAAUAAAGAUAAUAAAAAUAAAAUUAAGAAAGUGAUUAAAAUUAAACCAAUGGAUAUUGAAAAAAUGAAGAAAUUAAAAGAACAAAAUGAAAAUAAAGGUAUAAUUUAUUUAUCAACAAUACCAUCAAGAAUGAAACCAGCAAAAUUAAAACAACUACUAGCUAAAUAUGGUAAAGUUACUAGAAUGCAUUUAGUUCGUGCAAAUGUUGAAAGAAAGAAUCACAGAAAUGAUAUGUUUAAAGAGGGAUGGAUUGAAUUCGAAGAUAAAGCAUUAGCAAGAAAGAUAGCAACAAUAUUAAACAAUAUACCAAUGGGUGGUAAAGCAAGAGAUAUUCAUAAAGAUUGUCUUUGGAAUCUUAGAUAUUUACCAAAAUUUAAAUGGCAUCAUUUACAAGAUAAAUUAGUCUCACAAAGAAUGGAACGUGAUAAGAAAUUGAGAUUAGAGAUUAACCAAGUUCGUAAACAAAAUCUCAUUCUUCUCGAACAAGUUGAACUUUCAAAACAUGUCAAUCAAAAACAUGAAUCAAAAGGUAAACCAAUUAAAGAAAAGGUUGUUCGUACCUUUAAACAAAGAUCUUCUCAUGAAGAUUCUUUAAAUUCAAAUAUCUCUUCAAAAGUUUUAGAAAAAGUUGUUUCAAAUAAAAAACAAAAAAUAAAUUAA